AUGUUUUUGCGAAGUGGCAGAGUUAAAGUCUACGAUUUCAACCCGCACUUCAGGACACGCUUGAUUCGGCGGAUAUACUGGACCCAGAUCACAAAUAUACACCGUCAUGCUAAAGAUCUCUGUGGAGUCGUUUCAGUGGAUUGUCUGUGUGGUGACGACAAAACAUACAGCUUCACAGGAAACGCAUUGGAUGAGCUACACAAAUGUGCAGUGACAUCCCUGAAGAAUACAUCUGGGAAAUAUGUUAAACUUGGGGGUAUCCCCCACAAAUUGGUUGCCACAGACACUGAAGACAAAGAGAACUUGGAGAUAUGGAAAUAUGAUACAAAAGUAGCAUUUUGUUUUAAGGAUAGGCAGGGCAGACCUUGUGUGGUUUCAGUGGAUGAAAAUGAUAAUUUCAAGCUGAUCAAGACGGACACAGAGGAUGCAAAACAAGUCAUUGAGGGAAAUCAACAAAAAUCCAUUUGGUUUGAAAUUAACAAUCCUGGAGCUCAUGGCUACUGUAUCAAGAUGGCCGAACGUGACAAAUAUUGGGCAAUAGAUAAAACUAGAUCUGUUACCCUCACAGAUAGUGCUAAGAGUCUCUUUACUACAACUCAAUCAUCAAAUUGUCAGUGUGAAGGGUGCCCUCGGGUCAUGGCAGAUGUGUCCGAUGCAAGAUGA